AUGGAGAACACCCAAGGCAGAGUAGGAGUCGACCACUGCUUUCAAUGCUCUGCUGACUUUCUUUCUCAUCCCCUUGGUACUUUUUCAGACCUGCAGCUCCCGGUUGUCACCCCAGAGUGUUCCAGUCAGCAUGAGCUGUCAAGCAAGGUGUCCCAGGGCAGCGAGAGCACUGACAAGACACAGAGGGCCCAUCUGCGGGACUGGUGGAAGCAGAGCACGAGCGCCCAGCUGAAUCAAGUAUCGGUUUCACCAGACCACAAGGACAUCUUUAAAGCUCAAGACCUUUCUGUCAUCAUCAAAGCGUAUGUGCUUGUGACAUCCUUAACACCUCUGCGGGCAUUCAUUCAUUCAACCACCACUGUCUGGCAUCCACCCAAGAAGAAGCACUUUUCCAUAAAGCUGCAAAGGUUUUUUGAGAUAUUCUUCAAAAGCAGUUCUCCCCAACAAGCCUUCAACAACAUGAAGGAAGCUAUAAGCAAACUUCUACUUAUAACUGAGGUCUUCAGUGAAUCAUCUGCCUCAGGACCAAAUUCUUUCAAUAGAUGCAGCCAAUGUUUUCAAAUGCUGACCUUUGACAUUGGAUUCGGCACUUCCAUAUACCCAGUAGUUCUUGAGGUGCAUGAAAACUUUGACUUUCAAGACGAGGACGAAUCAAAUAUUCAGGACCAAACUUUCAAAGAAUUUCUUUUUGAAGAUACUUUUAAAUUUCUCUUAUCUAAUGAAUCCUCAACAUCCAGUUUCAUAGAAGCUUUACAAAAAAUAUAUGGAUCAGCUGUGAGCAAGGAUGGAAAUUACCACAGAGAAGAUGAGCAAUGUUUCUCUUUAGAAGAGAUAAAUUCAAUGUUUACUUUCAUAAAGGAGCUGAAGAGUCUUGGACAAUUUGAACUGCUUUUCCCUUCUGCUGCACCCAAGACUCAAACUUUACUGCGUGACCUUUAUCACAUGGUAGACCCAAUGAGACGGCUUAGUUCAGUCCUGACUGUACAUUGGUUGCUUUCCAGUUUAGUUGAACGAUUCCAGUUCAUGACUGAAGAGGGACAUACAAGUCUUUCAGAAUGGAGAGGCAAGAAGAACUCUAGAAACUCAACUCAUACUAUAAUGAAAUGGUUACAGCCUAGGAAUUCUUCUCAAGAAAAUGCAAGUCCUAAGCAGAACGUUCCUUCUGACUUCAGGAAGAAUCAUGAAGCAUUGCAUUAUUCCAGUAAGACUAAAGAAAGACAAUGCAGUUAUGAUAAAGAUACCCUAUCUCAUCUCAGGCAGAUCUUCACCAGUCCACAGCUGGACUUGAAUCCUCAGUUUAACCCAAAAAUCAAAGAAUACUACGCAGAAGUCCCAUUCGACAUGGUCACAGUGAAGAUAGGAGCAGAACCCUCUAACUGUCAAUGCCAAGUACACCUUGACGAGAAGAAAGGGCCAAGCAUUGCUAACUACCCCCUUGGCCUUGGAUUGAACAAAGUCAUCAUUCUCGUAACAGAUGAUUCGCACCCCAGCCCUCAGGUUGUGAGCAGCUACAAAAUCACAAUUUAUCGAGAGGACCGCCCUAGCCUGCCUUUGUUUGAUGACUAUAUGAUGUGUGGAUUUGUGCAGGACUGUGGUUCUCGAAUUCGUCCAGAGGAGUCCUGUGGCUUGCAGCCCCUGUCUCAUGAAUACCUCUCAGCAAUUUCACAGACGAUGUUUAAGACCUGUGAAGCUGGAGACACAAAAGGGCAGUGGAUUGUCCCUUGCCUCAGCUGCUCUGACAACAGGACCUGCGACUGGAGAGAAAUAACGUGGCAGCCCCACGGCUGCCAAUAGCUAACCAAGCCUGAGCUCCAGCGCUGUGUGGAGGGCAGAAGGAUUCUUUUUAUAGGUGACUCAACUAACAGAGGGAUGAUGUACUAUCUAAUAGAAAGAGUGAAUAAGACUCUUCAGGAGUGGCAAAAGACUCAUGACGUUAAAUUUUACCAUAAUAUCAAUGAAGGGAAAACAUUUAUCAGUUACUCCUACUACCCCCAGUUUUGGAUGAACGCAAACCAGAGACCGACUUUUGAAAAAGCACUAGAACAACUGCUGCAGAGAUCACGUCCUCUGGAGAACACAGACCAGACCGUAUUAAUUGUAGGUGGCGUUCAGUGGCUUAAUUCCAAUCACCUGCAAAUUAUCCAAAAGGUGUUGAACAGGGAAAAUCUAUCAAAUAUCCUGGUAAUUAUCAAAUCCAUAGGGAUGGGCUUUCAUCUCCCAGUGGAUGGAAUACAUUCUCUAUCACAGGCAGAAGUGCAAAACUUGUGGAAUGAAAAUUUGAUUAUUCUGGAUACAGCAAAAAAUUUUGGCUAUGAAGUUGUUGACACCUUUGUCAUCACCAUGGGACGUUACAAAGAAUUCCUGCAAGGGAAGUGCGGCUGUCAUUUCCAUGAGGUGGUGAAAUCCAAUCCCUCUGAGGAACGUCCACACAUAACAAUGACGUUAUCGAGGCACUAUGCACUGGGGAAAUAUUUCGGCAGUCAAAGCAAGCCAUCACAACUGCAGGACUAUGCAACAAAUUCUCAGUCCCCAUAUCACGUCCGAGGUCCAAUAAAUCAAGUUUAUUCUGAAAUCCUUCUCAGCAGGCUCUGUGCAAGUAAGAGGGAGCUUGUCAGCACAUAGCCUCUCUUGGAUACAGCGCUGCGACUUGAGAUGUGCCACUACCUGAGUGACAAUUGAAGGACCAUGGUGAAUUUAUGGCAUGCUUCCUUCACUGGCUGCACACACAUCAACAGAGUUUUGGACAUGUGGCAUUUGUCCUGAAGCUUUAUGAAGUCAAGCUAUGCCCUGGCAACUCUGUGGUGUCAAAAUGGAAGAUGAAGGGUUGCAAAGGAGAGAAGAGGGGAAGUUACUUGAACUGUUGCCAAAGGCUAGAACAGCUGUAGCUCAGGCAACUGUGUAUUAAUGAUAGUAAAGACAGAGAAAUAUAUACACUUGAAAAAUUUGGAAAGGACUGCUUUAGCUCUUCAGCACUAUCUAGUUUUCUAUUUAUAGAGACACUGUAAUAUUUGAAUGUAUUUAGAAACUGGCUACAUUCCAUUUUAAAGAGUUUUAUUCUAUGUAGAUGGAUUCCCUUUCAAUAUCAAACCUUUUCUAUUUAGACACUUGGUUUAUACAAUUUG